CGAGCGCUGUGUAGGACGGCAUUGUGGAGAGCCAGGGAUUUCAGCGCGGGCAGCCGGGCACCAGUCGGCGUUUGAUGUGAUCCUUAUGUUCCUCUCAUAGCGUUAAAGGGACAUCCGAAACGACGACAGCUCGUACGGCGACUUUUCACUCGCAAAUUUCUCUUGCCAAAUAUUGCUGACAGUAAAGCAAAGCGUGUAUUUGACGUUGAAAUUCAGAAGCUACAGCGAGAACGCCGCGUGCACCUGAGUUUCAUUGAUUUGCUGGAAGGAACAUCAAACGCGCACGCUGUGAAUGGAGGAGGUGUGACGUAGCAUUCCUCCAUACCGUCUAUGAUCCAUGGAGACUUGAUAGAUGAAUCCAGAUCUUAAUCAGUUGACUGCCACCAUAUAAUUGAGUUGAACUGCUAAAUCAACGGAACCAUGACCGACAGGAAGGCUGUGAUCAAGAACGCUGACAUGUCUGAAGACAUGCAGCAGGACGCAGUGGACUGUGCCACACAGGCCAUGGAGAAAUACAACAUCGAGAAGGACAUUGCCGCAUACAUCAAAAAGGAGUUCGAUAAGAAAUACAAUCCUACGUGGCAUUGCAUUGUGGGAAGGAACUUCGGCAGCUACGUGACCCAUGAGACGAAACACUUCAUCUACUUCUACUUGGGCCAGGUGGCCAUUCUCCUCUUCAAGUCUGGCUGAGUCCAGGCCAAACCAGACCGUAGAAUGUAUCUCCAAUGAAGACUGUGAUGCACUGGUGGCUGAUGUCAUCAAUGAAUAUUAAACAAGACCAUACCAUGACUAUGCUGGCUGUGCACAACUGCAUGGAUCAUGUCCCAUACUACUUGUGUACAUGUUGCAGUUAAAUUGCUUUUCAUUAGAGGCCCAAGUUUUUGUUAAUGGUCCUUGCAGGUUUUUCCUAGCGCAUAUGUUGUAAAAAUAAAAAAACGGGGGGGGUGGGUGAUAUGUAUAUAUAAUAAAGAAAGUCAGAAAAUGUGAAGCAUUGACCAGCACUGUAAAUGUCUGCUAUAAAUGGAUAUAUUUUUGGUGA